GGCCAAACCUCUGCACCUCAAAUCUCAUCAUUUUCACAGGCUAUGAACUAAAGGGCGGAGAUAUAGAGGUAGUUUAGUUCAUGGAAGAAACAGUCAUGUUGCCCCGGAGUAGAAGAAACUCAACUUCUCUAAUUCGGUUAUUAUACUGCUGCACAAAAUCAGUACCAGAAACAGAACCAGAACCAGCAGCAAAAGUUGGGAACUUGGCGAACACAAAGAAAAAGCCCGGCGGAUGGAAAGCCAUGCCUUUCAUCUUAGGAAAUGAGACAUUUGAGAGGUUAGCCACUUUUGGGUUAUUGGCAAACUUUACGGUGUAUUUGAUGAGAGAGUUUCACAUGACUCCGGUUUCUGCUUCGAACGUUAUAAGCAUUUGGUUUGGUACAAGUAGUUUUGCUCCUUUGGUGGGUGCUUUUAUCUCUGAUGCCUAUGUAGGGAGGUUCAAAACCAUUGCUUUUGCAUCCUUUGCAUCUCUUCUGGGAAUGCUAACUUUGACGAUGGUUGCUUGGCAUCCAGCCCUUCACCCCCUACAAUGCAGACCUGGAGAUCAUCCUCAGCCCGGUCAAUGCGUAGGUCCAAAUGCAACUCAACUGGGGUUCUUGCUAACAGGACUAGGACUUUUAUCAAUUGGUGGAGGUGGGAUUAGGCCCUGCAGCAUCCCAUUUGGGGUUGAUCAAUUUGAUGCCACUACUGAUGAAGGGAUUAGAGGGAUCAACAGCUUUUUCAAUUGGUACUACAUGACAUUUACAGUGGUGCUCUUGAUCAGUUUGACUCUAAUUGUUUAUAUUCAAGACUCUAUUAGCUGGGUUCUGGGGUUUGGGAUACCUACUGUUCUCAUGGCAUGCUCAAUUGUCCUGUUUCUUAUUGGGACAAGAAUUUAUGUCCAUGUUAAGCCAAAAGGAAGUAUAUUGUCAGGCAUUGUGCAGGUACUUGUUGCUGCAUAUAAAAAGAGAAAACUUAAGCUUCCUGUGGAGGGAGAGGAAAAUGGAGUUUACUAUGAUCCUCCAUUAAUGAAAGAGAUUGUAUUGUCAAAACUACCCCUCACCAACAAAUUCAGGUUCUUAAACAAAGCUGCAGUGGUUAUGGAGGACGAUCUACAACCAGAUGUUUCUCGUGAUAAAUGGAGGCUGUCCAGCAUUCAAGAGGUAGAAGAGGUCAAAUGCAUUAUCAAAAUCAUCCCCAUAUGGGCCUCCGGUAUUGUAAGUUUCACCUCUAUGGUGCAGCAGGGUACAUUCACAGUCUCACAAGCCUUGAAAAUGGACAGGCACCUCGGCCCUAAGUUCCAAAUCCCAGCCGGUUCCAUAACGAUUAUAUCCAUGAUCACAAUAGGACUCUGGCUGCCAGUCUAUGACAGAAUCAUCGUCCCAUCCCUCCAAAGAAUCACCAAAAAAGAAGGCGGAAUCACAGUUUUGCAGAGAAUAGGAGUUGGCAUUUUCUUUUCCAUUCUAGCAAUGAUUGUUGCAGGGGUGAUUGAAAGGAAGAGAAAACUUACAGCAUUGCUGCUCCCAAACCCACUUGGAAUUGCACCAAUGUCUGUCAUGUGGCUAGCUCCACAGCUUAUCUUGAUGGGGUUCUGUGAGGCAUUUUAUAUGAUUGGGCUGAUAGAAUUAUUCAAUAAGGAGUUUCCUGAGCAUAUGAGAAGUAUUGCCAAUUCCCUUAUCUCUUGCUCCUUUGGCGGGGCAAGCUACUUGAGCAGCUUGGUGGUGAAUGUUGUGCAUGGAGUUACCGGAGGGCAUGGCCGGCCGGAUUGGUUGGCCAAUGAUAUCAAUACCGGAAGUUUGGAUUAUUUCUACUACCUCUUAGCAGGCAUGGGCGUUGUUAAUUUCGUUUAUUUUGUGUAUUUUGCAUGUCGGUUUCGUUACAAGGGUACUGUGCAACCAACAGAGAAAACGUCCCCUGAUGUUGAGCUCAGCUCCGUCAGACAGUGAAGAGAAUCAGGAGAAAUAAUGUUGGCUGUAGCUUUGUCGAUCUCAGAAACAAAAAGACAUAAUUAGAAUAGCUUCUUUGCAUUCAAUUUUAUCACUUUGUUUUGUAAAUUUUUAUUAACUUAAAAAUAAUGUUAUUUAGCCAUA